AUGGAUCCGCUACCCUUUAUUCGGCCAAGGCAUGUUGAUGCGCCCAGCCCUACACAAGGCGGCACCGCGCUGCCUCCGAGAAGGAAAACCAGCGCCGCAUGCACUAGCUGCCGCGCUAAGAAGUCCAGAUGCGAUGGGCAAAAGCCGUUCUGCUCAGAGUGUAUCAAGCUUCGCAGGCGAUGCAUAUACGAAGACUCGGAUAAGCGGAAGAAGGAGACCUGGAAAUCAGCCAUCAGUGAGCUGGGCGAGAAGAACGACCGGCUGGAAGCUAUCGUCAAGUCAUUAAACUGCAACUCGUUUGACGAUGCUAUUGACCAGCUCCGACACCUGCGUGGCAAUCAGCAUCAGGAUACGGCGUAUUCCGGCGUCGACGAAACCGGCAACCUCACUGCGAGCUAUACCCCGAGCUCAGCUCAGUCGUCUACGGGCUCUUCUGUAGCCAAGGUUCUUGCUAGAGAGAGACCAGAGCUCACUCCACGAACUGAUAGCAGUGCGACACUGUUUGAUGUAGACGAUUUGGACUUGCCGCCCGAAGACAUUACUCGCCAUGCGGUGGCGGCAUUCUUCACCUGUGGCUCGACGUUGUUUUAUAUCAUGCCGCAGGCGGACUCUAAGGGUCUAGUCCAAGCCGUUUAUGAACAAAUACCGGAUGUCACGAAGAGCAUGGUCUGCCAAGUCUGUGCACUGGCGGCGGUUGGGAGCUAUUACUGUACUGGUGAGAUCCCAGCUGCUGCUAUGGAACGGUAUUUCCAACAGGCGUCCUCGCUGUUGCAAGAUGUGACCGUAGAGGAUGAUCUGGGCGCCAUGCGUGUUUUUGCUUGUCUUUCAGUGUACUUGAUUCUGCUCAAGGGCACCAGUGCUAGGGCCAUGACAAGCUCUGGGCUAAACGUCGCCCGAAACAGUUUCAAAAAAUACUCGCCAAAGGCUAACGUUGCAGCCUGGGUGGAAUGGGCGAAAGUCCUGCGAACACUCGCCUUUACAGAGUGCUGGCUAUCGUCAACGCUCAGUUACAAGGUUGACUUGGGACAAGAAGAAGUGGACGCGGUCCAUGAUCUUGCUGCGUCUGAAUCGGCCAAAAACCCUGAAAAUGAACUGAAUGCCAGUUUCAUUCAGGCCCAAAUUUUCAAACUGUCGUUUCUCUCUGCCCAGAUAUUUGAGUAUAUUCGAUCAACCGCCGAUCUCGCCAUGGCCGACAUGCAACAACUAUCAGCCAGACUAUUAACUUGGCUCUGGGAGCUCCCCCCAUGCAUGUCUUUAGCAUCGCUCACGUCUGGGGAUCCACGCACUCCUAGCUCUGCAUGGCGACCACUGCUCUUUCUCCACAUGCUCCAUAUCAACCUACAAAUCAUUAUAUAUGAGCGCGUCAUGCAUGUGGUUCUGAAACGAUCAUCGAACCUCCCAGAUGACAUGAUCGUACGUGAAGUACUGCAGAUACCUCCGGCAACGCAGCAGAUAUACGAGUCUUUUGCCCAGCAGCUAGCUCGCAUCGUGCGACUUUUAUACGAAGAGCACUGUGUUCUUGCACGAUGCUGGAUUACAAUUAACGCGUGCUACCACUCCAGCCUAAUCCUGCUUCUAAGCGCCGCGCAGCAUCUCGCACUCGGGGCAGGUGCACACCAGGAGCUAGUUGUACAGGAUUUAUCACACGUACGGGUGUGCCUUCAGGUGUUACAGUUCUGUGAGGAGUUUGAUAUUGCAGCCAUGCGUCAUGUCGAUGUUAUUGCUCCGUUAUACCAGCGCUUAUGCGAUGCGGUUGGCCAACCGGGUGCUGUAAGCUCGCUGGCCGAGAUGCAGCCGAUGACCGAUAUGAAAGGCGAUGGUGAGAUUCCAAUGCAACUUGGGCAUAUUAUUUAUCAGUCCUUGGCUGCGAUGAGUUUGCCGUGUCAGGAGAUUUGGGUUUGA